AUGAUGUUUUCUUCAAUUUCGUACUUAAUUACCGUAUAUUUUCUUCAUUAUGAUGAAGAGCUGAAUCAAGUAUCCAAAGAAGUUUACACCCAUCCUAUUGGGGAACUGUGGAAUUUAAGCGUGUUUCCUGCUGAUAGGCGCAUAAUUGCGACUUGCUAUGAUGCAGGAUUUAAAUAUUAUAAAUUUGUUUCUUUUAUAUGUAUAUAUUGGCAGAUCGUGUCCGACAAAGUAUUGUCUGCCGCGGCUAGUUACAAGGUCAUUUGUGGAAAGUGGAAUCCUCAUCACAACUGCAAUUCGUUUGUGACAGUCAUCGGUGGUACUGUUUCUGGUACUGACAUUCGUUCUAAUAAACUCGAAAUUUUGAAACUGUUUUCGUUUCUAUCUAGGACGACAUUCUCAAUCCAAGCACACCCAAAUUAUGUGAGGGACAUUGACCUGAACCCAAACAGAAACUACUAUUUAGCAACUGCCGGAGACGACUGUCGCAUACUCUUCUGGGAUACCAGAGUGGUAAAGCAGCCGAUGAAAAGUGUACUCAGUCACUCUCAUUGGGUCUGGUCUAUAAGGUACAAUCCGAUUCAUGAUCAGCUAUUCAUCAGCAGCGGCAGCGACGCCAGAGUCGUGCUGCAUUGCAUCGUGUCGAUUAGUUCUGAAGCACUAGAAAUGGCAGAUGCCAGCGAAGAACCAGAUUGUCCAAGCAACCAGUUCUCUUUGUAUGAUUUGAUUAAUCUGUCUCCUAACAGAUCUAACCGCGAUAUAUUCAGAUUGACUGAUGGAGUAAUCCGACGUUACGAAGACCACGAAGAAUCUGUUUACUGCUGCGAAUGGUCAUCUGUAGAUCCAUGGGUGUUCGCCUCAUUGUCGUAUGAUGGGAGAGUUAUAAUUAAUACGGUACCGAGAAAGAUUAAAUACAGUAUCUUGAAUUUAUAA